UAACAGAACUUGUUGAAAGGGAAGCUUCAUCAACACGAUAUGUGCGACAUUUUUCUAAUUAAAGUUGAAGCGAUAUUAUUCAACAGGAAAAUAGCCGUGAAUAGGUUGACUCUCUCAUUCUCUCUCUCUCAAUUGUCUUAUCAGAGACCAGCAGGUAAGGCGACCGUGUUUGCCAAUUGAAAAUGUUAUAAAACUACAAAGAACAAUGCGCUCAGAUCUGUUCUUGACUUAGGUAGUGUAAGAGAGAGUCUUGGCAUAGAACGUGGAGCAUUCAGCUAUUCAGUGUCUCAGUUAAAUACAUCGUUUAACUAGCUUCAAGUUAACUACUGUGUCCCAUAGUGAAUGUCAACAUGAGGAUUUUUUGGAACUCUGUUUUUGGUUUUGUGUUUCUGAUAUACAACAUAAAUGCUGCCAAUAUACAACUGAACCAAAAAGUCAAGCCGAAAUUUUAUUGGAUUGGAAUUGACGCGUUGGAUUUUGAUGUUGCUGAGUUUAAAGGUAUAAUUUUUAUUUUUAUCUUUACAUCUUCAUAUUUCAAAACAGUUACACUACAUGCCAAGAAUUUGACAAUACAAGAAGUGACAUUAUCAAACACAGAUGGGGUGAAAACAAAAGCUGAAGCAAAAUUGGAUGAGGAAAAUCAGUUACUGACCAUACAGUUUAAUAAACUUUUUCUCUCAGGAAAAUAUAAUCUUUCCAUAUCAUACAAAGGAGUAAUUCACGAUGACAUGUCUGGCUUCUAUAGGAGUUACUAUUAUGUUGGUGAUGAUAAGAGAUGGCUCGGAGCUACUCAAUUCGAAGCAACUAAUGCAAGAAAAGCCUUUCCUUGUUUCGAUGAACCGAAAUAUCGGACUGGGUUUAAUCUGUCAAUCAAGGUUGAUGGAUCAUACAGAGUUAUAUCAAAUACAAAACUGAAGUCUGCUGAAUCUUAUGCGGGUUAUACGACGUACAACUUUGCAUCUUAUCCAAAAAUGCCUAGUUAUUUGCUGGGAUGGAUAAUCUAUGAUCCUAAAACGUUCACAUCCCGAGCCAUGUCAAAAGAUGGAAUCGAAUACAAAGUAUGGGCUCAGAAAGAAUACUACAAUCAAACAGCAUUUGCUUUGAAUGUAGCACCAGUGCUUCUCAACUCACUAGUCAAAUAUACUGGACUGGAUUACAAAAUUGAAGGGGAAAUGGAGAAAAUGGACCAAAUUGCAGUGCCUGAUUUCGAUGCUGGAGCCAUGGAGAACUGGGGACUUGUAACUUAUCGGGAAAGUGGACUUUUAUAUGAUGAGAAGCUGACAUCAACCGAGACAAAAAGAAACAUAUUGAUGGUAAUAGCGCAUGAGUUCACCCAUCAGUGGUUCGGGAAUCUCAAUACUUUGGAAUGGUGGAGCUAUAUAUGGUUGAAUGAGGCAUUUGCACGAUUCUUCCAGUAUUUCAUUCCUGCAAAGGAGUAUCCCGAAUGGAAACUGGAUGAACAAUUUGUUGUGAAUGCUCUCCAAGUUGCUCUGGACUUCGACUCAAAACCAGUUCACCCUAUGACCAGCGAGAUCACACAUCACAAGAAUAUCUCAGCUAUGUUUGAUACGAUAAGUUAUAGCAAAGGAGCUUCAGUUGUAAGAAUGAUGGAGCAUACUCUUACACCCGAGAAGUUCCAAAAAGGCUUGCACACCUACUUAUCAGCCAAAAAACGAUCAACCCAAGUAUCGAUUCCUGACGAUUUAUUCAAUCUGGUAUCAUCUGUUAUGAGUGACGAAGAUAAUAAAAACUUCAACUUCAAGAAUGUUUUUAAAACAUGGACUGAAAAAUCCGGCUUCCCUUUGAUAACGGUCACAAGAGAUUACAAUAAGAAAUCAGCCUUUGUUGAACAGAAACGAUUCCUCUAUAAGCAUAAAAAGAAUGAUACCACUACCUGGUAUGUACCCCUCACUUACACAUCACAAGCAGAGUCUAACUUCAACGAUGUAUCUAUCAAGCAAUGGAUGACUCCAAAUGAUACAAGUAUAACUAUUGACAAUAUAGCUGGAGAUGGAUGGGUUAUAUUCAACGUACAACAUAAAGGUUUCUAUAGAGUCAACUACGAUGAAGAAAACUGGAUGAAAAUUGUCGAACAACUGAAGAAUGAUCACUCAAAAAUCGGGGCAGUGAACAGAGCUCAGUUGAUCGACGAUGCUUACAGCUUGGCGCGGGCUGGAGAAAUCAACCACACGGUCGCAUUUGAAAUCACAAGUUAUUUGCGUAAAGAAACCGAUUAUGUGCCAUGGGUUGCCGCCAUUCGCCAUUUCAAACACAUGCUCAAUCAUUUUCAUGAGUCUCCCGAUUAUGAAAAAUUGACGAAAUACUUCUUGGAACUUGUCAGCCCAAUUGUGAGCCAUGUCACAUUCAAGGAAUCAAAUACUGAAUCAGUUGUAACAAAAUUGACAAGAAUCACUGUACUAUCCUUCGCUUCUAAAGUUGGACAUCAGGAGGCUGAAUCGAAUGCCGCAAAAAUAGCAAAAGACUUGGCUUCAACAAUGAAUACACAGUUCUCUGCUGAUGUCCAGAAGGCUCUCCUUUGUCAAGGCAUCAAAUCGACUAAUAUAUCCAUUUGGAGAAAACUAUUUAAACAACUUGAAGAUCUGGAAUCUCCAACGCAGAUCAACGACUUUAUAAGGGCUCUAGCUUGCACUCAUGAUCCUGAAGCAAUUACUGAAUAUCUCAAUAAAACGAUUGACAAAGACUCUGUUAUAAGAAUGCAAGACGACCGUACAGUUUUCUCUGGUCUAGCAUCAUCACCGAUUGGAGCAAAAACAGUCAUCAAAUUUGUACGCAACAACUAUGAACAGCUGAUACAAUUCAAUAAUGGGAAAGACGAAAUAUUGAGCGAUCUAGUGAGAUAUGCAAGUGGCUACAUUUAUAACAGAGAUGAUCUGGAAGAGAUCGAAGGCUUUCUCGAAAAUAUGACUUCGAUCCUGACAGAGGGCACAAUCAAGUCAAUUAACUCAUCAAUCUCGAAAAUCGAAGAAAAUUUCGAAUGGAGGUCAAAAAAUUGGGAUGACAUCGUUAACUGGCUGCGCGAGGAGGAAACACACACUGAAGCCCCAACUCCAAGCACUACCUCCACAAUCACAACUUCAAAACCAGCCAACACCACAUCUAAACCAAGCUCUGCCAAUACUAUGAGCUCCAGUUUUGCUACUUUUCUUAUUGCUGGUGCUGUAUUCUUCACUAUAACUUUCAAGAACCAUCUAUAACCUCAAAUAUUUGUAGAAACUUCAUAAAUAAAUCCUUGCCUUAAUUCUUCUUGUUAGACAUCCGUUAUAGUACAAUGAAUUCAGAGUUGUAAAUAUAAAAGUAUAUUUUUUGGAUGUACAUUUUCAACUAAGACAUUAGUAAAAUUAUACCUUAACAAACGAUUUCUUGCCUUCGAGUUAAAAGAGUCCUGUUUGAUGAAUUGGAGAAAGCUGUAAUAUGAAAUAUAAAGUGGUGUAUUUUUUGAAUUUACAAGACUCAUUAUAUUCUGAAAUGAUGUUCUACAGUCA